AAAAGUAACAAUUAGCAUGUCGCAAUUAUUUCCAAACAGAUAAAUAAAUUAAAAAAAGGAAAAAGCAGGGAUAUACUGUAUUUAUAACGGAAAAUUCUACCAGCCUAGAAGUAAGAGCUUAGGCCUUCAAAAACUCAAAUAUUGUAACGUCAAAUUUGAUUGGAAACCAAUCAAGUGACGUCACAAUAAAUCAAAAUUCAAUAAAAGCGAAAAAUUCCCAUUCAACUUCACACUUGAUUUAAAGUGCCGUUCUGAGCAUACGAUCAGAGCUAAAUACCGAGUGAUACUACGAGAUUUUCUAUUGCUGUCUACAUAAGAAUCAGCAAUGUCGAAUACGAGUCGAAGGAGACCGAAAAAUGGGUACGUUGAGGUGAAAGGCGAGCUGUCCAAAAUAAGACUGGAUAUGCAGGCGUUAGGCGGAAAGCUGAACACGGUUGAGAAAGACAAGGAAAACCUUCGCUGCAUCAACCAUGCAUUGCUUGAAAAGAUCAAAGAAGAAGCAGACAAGGACUAUCCACUCAAGGUUAGUAAAUUUAAUCCGCUACAAAUGAAAAGUGUGACUCUCUAAGUACAAAUAAUAAUUGUUUAAAUAAUGAUGGACAGGUAAACCAAGAAAAUAAUCUACAGGCAUUUAAAAGAAAUAUUGCCUGAUAAAGAUUGAAUAUGUAGACAUAGAAAAAUAACAAGUGGCAGGAUAAUUGCAGCAAAUUAUAAAUUGCUAGAGAAGUAUAUUUUAUAGAAAACUAUCUAAAUUUGUAUAAAAGUGAAGUUGUUAUAAAUAUUGCUGAUAUUUUUAAAAAAUUGAUUUUAUUUCAUUUCUAGAUAUUACAGCUGAAUAGAGAUCUCAUGAUGGAGCGUGAGAGAUUCACACUUUCAGAGCAAAAAUUGGUCGAGAACCAGAUCCUUACAAUACUGAUUCAAGAAUACUUUGGAAUAUCCAUUGAAGAAGAUGGAAGCAAAACUCCAUUAAAAAAAGAGGGUGUUGUGAACAUCCUUAAGGUGAGUUUAAAUUUAGAAGGAAAUUGAGCAAAGUAGAAGCGACAUUCUAGUCAUGGUAGCUAAAUAAAAGUUGAAUAAUUGUAACAAUUGAAAAAUAAAUUAAUUUUGAAGUCAAAUACGGAUUGGAUUCACUUUUGAUUUAUAUUUAUCAUUACGCAAUGCAUUCAAGGUUCACAUUUUAUUUUCAAGGAUAAUCCACAUUCUAUUCUAUAUUUUCAAAUUCAAAAAAGAGUAGCUUUGGUACGAUUAUUAAUUCGAUGCUAUAGUUUAUCAAUACAAAAGUUUUCACUUUUUUCAAUAGCUUGUUAAGAACAAAUGUGAUGAGGAAAAAGAGCUGCUCAGAUUGAAAAUUGAGGACAGUCUUGAGCGUGAGCUUGUCCUUAAUGAAGAAGUGAAAUCAUUGGAAGAAGAAAAGCGAAAAUUUAGAGAAGAAAAGAUGGCGGAGUCGCUAAGCAGUCAAGCGAUUAUUGGGUCUUUGGAGGAGCUGGUUCAAGAGGAGAAAGAGGAUCAUGAAAUUAUGGUGCAGAAACUACAAAAUGAGGUAAGAAGAAUUUGAUGUUAAGUUGUUAGAACUUGUCAUGUCUUUGAUGCUUGAUGAUAGACUAAAGUAGGAUGUUUUCUGAGUUUGCAAGUUAUACAAUCAGCUGAAUGAAAAAAAUAACUGGAUGAUAUGGUUGAUGGUUGAUAUAGCAUUUAGACUUGGUUAAAGCAAAUGAUUUUUUCUACAGCUGACCAUCUCCAGAGACCAAGAAGCAGCACAAAGUGGACAAAUUUGUGAAUUGAAGCAGCAAGCUUUGUCCGCCAAUGAAAAACUCUCAGAAAGCAAUGCAAAGAUUAACACACUUGAAAAAGAAAAGGCUGAACUGGAAAUGAAAGUCAAAGAAGUCAAGGGGAAAGUAAUGAUGCUUGAGGAAGACGCUUCUAACAAUUUGGCAAAAUUGAAGGAACUGUCCAAUGAAGUGUCGGAGUGGAGAUCAAGAGCUGAAGAAUCUGGGGAUAGAUGUUUGUCACUAACGAAGAAGCUUUUAGAGACGGAGCAACAAGAGAAACUAAUCAUGCUACAGCUAUCCGAGAAAGAACACAGAGCUGAAAAGCUGCAGCAAGCGACAGUUCUUCUAGAGAAUGAGGUCGAAAGCACCAAACAACAGCUCAGGGCGACACAGCAAAGCCUUAAAGAGGCAGGCGAUAACUACAAAGAAGCAUCCUCAAAUUUGAUGGAAAUGACUUCUGAAAUGAGCUGUUGGAAGACACAAGCUGAAGACUUAGAGUCGAAGCUAUUGAUUAUGGAAGGAAAUGUAAGUUGAGUUAUAGCUAGUUGACUGGAUAUGAACACCUUUGUUUUUCUUAUAAAUGCAUAGUCCCAAGCCAACUUAUUGAAUUAUUGCAGGAAAUACCUUCUUAAAAACCAGCGUACACAUUGGCGUAGUAAAUUUAAAACAUAGAGUAUUGGAAAUGAUAAGUGCUAUAGUUUUAGAUAUACGAUCUGCUUUCAUACAUCUCUACAAUGUUCUUUACCCCUUCUUCAAAUCUUAGUGUAUAUUAUUUCUUCUUUAA